UUGCAGCUCAACAUCGAAUCGAAAAAUUAUCCAUACAUCGGAACAUCUUCAUUGACUUAUCCAACUCGCAACUAUAACUGACGCUUUAUCUACUAUCCUUCUUUUGAGAGAAAUAUAUUUGCUCCUAUCUGCCAGAUUUACCGUGUUUCCGAGUUUAGGAACAUCUGCUCUUGAUUUCUUUCGCUUCCCAGAGAAUACUCCCACACAUCUGUGGGAAAUAAUAGAAGUCACCAACAAAGGGGAACUACGGAGCCAGCAUAUCUAAUUUCAAACGAGGAAGCACAAAUAGAGGAGUAGAGUGAAAGGGCGCGAAAGGGAACAAAAUGGCAUCGUUCGACAAGUGCAAAACGAGACCGCAGCAUAUCGAUGUCAUCCUGAACGGCUUGGACAGAUAUAACCCAGAAACCACCACAAUCUUCCAAGAAUAUGUCGUGCAGCAAUGCGAGGACAGAACAUUUGACUGCUAUGCCAAUUUGGCGCUAUUGAAACUAUAUCAAUUCAACCCUCAUCUCCUUCACACCGAAACAACAACCAACAUCCUAGCCAAAGCGUUGACUGUCUUCCCCUCCCCCGCCUUCUCCCUAUCUCUUGCCCUCCUCCCAGCAUACACUCAACCAUUUGCUUCAUCGACAUCAUCCUCAGUCCCUAUGCAAACAUCUGAUUUCAUCGAAUCGAUCCAAAAGCUGGCCAGUCUCAACACCCUCCUCGAAUCAGCACAAUACACCCUCUUCUGGUCAACCCUCAAUUCCGAUGACCUAUACGCGGAUUUGGUCGCCGAUGUUGCAGGAUUUGAAGAGCUGGUACGGGUUCGCAUUGCUGCUGAGGUCGGCAAAGCUUUCCGGGAAAUUAGCGCUGAGGUUCUAGCUCAAUGGCUUGACCUGCAUGGGCUAGAGACUCUAGAGAAAUUCGUCGUGGAUGUUUGCGGAUGGGAAGUUGAUAAGAGCGCGGGCUCUGACGUUAAGAGUGUAGUUAUCAGAGUCCCAAGAAAUAAGGAGAAUGAGGCCAGAGGGGAGAUUAAGGGAGAGAAAGUGGGCAUAGAGAUGUUCGGGCGGGUACUUCGGAGGGGUUUCGAGCAACCCGCUUGAUUUCCAGUCUUUGUUUUUGUGUUUUUAUUUUCCUCACUUCUCGCCCUCUUCAACCUUUUGGGCUGAUUUUCUUUUUUUUUUUUUUUUUUUCCGUUAAAAUUUCGUCCCAACCAUGUCUUCGUAUUAUUUUUCUCUUUCUUUAUGCGGGAGCUGGAGAAGCUCCUUAAUCACGCGGAAUGAAAUUGCGGAAAUAGAGUUAUGACGGGGGACGGUGACUCCCUGGGAAAUAUAUAUACCUACCUAGUAAUUGAAGCACCUCGUUCAUAGUAACCUGCUUCAGUCUGCUUCUAUGUGUAUUGUUUCUCUUUGCAGAAUACGUGAACAAUGCCACGCAGCUACCUACCUGGACAAGAAACCAGCCCAUCACGUUUUCCCUCACCGCUACAUGUACGUUUUAUCUCGGCCCAUUCGUUUAAUCUAUAUCCAUUCCGUAUUCCGUAGUGAACACAACUUCAAAAACCUAAGCCAAUUAGAUACAUCCAUCUGAUUCACCCCCUUAGCUCUAUUUAACUAAUCAGCGACUAGGAGGUUCCAUGCAGCCCCAGCUAUCCAAGUUAUUUACUUCCCCGCAACCCUUUCCUCCCACUGCACCCCAACCCACUCCUCCCUCCACCCCAACACCCCCUCAUGCUCCAACCCACAGUUCGCCGCACAAACCCCCAAAAUCACAGUCCCCCACUCCAUCCCUGUAUCAUCCUCAGGUCCAAGCCCAAUACCCUCCCGCCCCUCCUCAAGCACCGUGAUCGCAUGCGGCGUGAGUUGGACUUCAAAAACGCGUUCGCGCCCACAGUAUUCGCAGCGGGGAAUCCUGUUCGGGCUGCCCGCGCUACUACCACGGGUAGAUACUUUGACAUGGGACGAUUUGGCAGACGGGGAAGGGCUGGAGAAGAGUUUCCCCACCGCGUCGGUGGUGGAGUAGAGUAGCGGUGCACCCCGGAAUUCGUAGCGGAGGACUUGCUCCGGGUUAUGGCCCAGGCGCGCCGAGAAGCGCAGGAAGGAUUUGUCCAUGGCGGAUUCGAAGGUGUCUUUGGGCUCUGCACCUGCUGUCAUGGAGGAGUCCUCGUCCAUGAGGACGGGCUGCGCUGUGGUUGGUAGGGUGGGGGACGGCGGGCGGGAGAGAGUUUCGUAUUCUGCAUCGAGGUGGUGGUGCGGAUAGGGCUUUGGGAACGCGGAUUGCGGAGGCCAUGGGAGGGGCGGACCGGCUGCUCCUGUCUUUGCAGGAUUUCGUGGGGGUGGAGAGGAGAGGCGGACUUUUUCGGCGAAGGUUUCGGGGAGGGAUUCGGUGGGAGGAGGGGAGGAUGGUUUUUGGGGCGGUUUUGCAGCGAGGCUGGAUGUAGGGGCAAGGGAGGCAAAGGGGUUUGCUUGACUGGGGGAGGAUGCUGUCGAAAAUGGGUUGGGGUUGGCUGACUGCCCUUGGCUAGAUGGGGCGGCACCAAAGAGACUAGAACCAAGAUCUUGCUUGGGCUUGCUCUCUGCCGGUGUGGGUUCUGGAGCCUUUCCCGUUUUCUCAGGCUGGUUAUUUUGCUGUUGUCGUGAGGAUGAAUUUACGAUUUUGUGUUUCUUCACACCGCGCAGCGCCCGUAAGCUGCCAUUCUUCCUGGUGCAGGAUUUCCUGGGGCACCCAAAGAUAUACAGCCACCGUUCAUCGUGAGGAAAGUGUUCUGGCAGGUCACCGUUUAAUUGUAGGAGAAGUAGCAUUGGGUUGUUGCAGACCUUACAUCUGGCGAAGUCACCGGGUGGUGGGGUCGCGGGGUCAAGCCAGGUCUAUCGAUUUGGGUAAUUAGCUGUCCACAAGCGUAGGAGAAUAAACAAAAUAGAAACUGGAUAAAAUAAAAUAUUUAAAGAACUUUCAUACCGGCCAUCC